AUUCAAAUCAACAAGGUCAAGCUCGGUUUCGAAAGUCUGAUAAACCGUUUAGUUUUUCAUGCUAUGUACCUAUAUAAUUCGUCAUUUCUAUCCAAAUACCAGAGAUCAGAAUACCCUACCCAAACAAGUAAUAUUAUCUCCACAUCUAAUCCACAAUAAAAUAAAAUGACAUCUUAACCUUAAAAAGCUACUGUAAGAGUUAACAAAGGACAUACGAUCAACUAAUCUUACUAUUGAGGACUGAAAAUUGCAGGCGGUUUUUCGUAGUGGUGACCUUGAUACCCAAACCUGAUGAAAUGUGCAGUAUUGGUCGCCUAAUCGAAGACAUUGUACCGGUUAAAGUUAGUGGCAAGUGGAAGAAGAAGCUCUGUGCACUUGAGAGACCUGCAACAUUUAUAAACUCACUAAAGUUAUUCGUAUUUAACGAAGAUGGAAGUUUAUGUCGUUGUCAAGAUGUUCAUGCCUACAUUCUUGGAGUAGACUCUAAGCAUGACGGAGUAAUUAUGUUCGUAUGUACAUACAAGUUACGUUGUAUAUCAUUUCGACAUUUCGAGGAGAUGACUAAAUGGGAUGACAUAUUGAAAGCUAAUUUGAAAUGUUCAUAUUUUCAUGCCGAUUUGAUUGUCGCUCCUAAAAACAGCAUUUUGUAUAGUUAUGCACGUCAUAGGAGACGUUUCCCACUCAUUCAAGGACCUAAAAUCCAGAUUUUCUCUUCAAGAAAAUUGUAUCCUACAUUAUGCAAUAAUUCAAGCGAUGGCUAUUUACAUGUGACACGUGAUCGUAUAUGUUUCACUACGGGCCCGGGUUGUUCCCAUCCUCGUCUGUUAGCAACAUGGACUUUUGAUAAUGAUGAAAUAGUGCAAUGCGGUACUGCCCGUGUUCAGAACACUGUGAGAGGAAGCUUCACUGACCCUCCAUCACUCUUUUUUCUCACUGCCUUCUCUGACCAUCCCGAAGCUCCUGGAAGUCACCUUUUCUUAUCCAACCGGGCUACUGACUUAUGUGAUAUGAUUGAACAUACUAAUCAAGCCGCAGUUUAUCAAGCAGACUGGAGACGCCUAACUUGUUUAGCUUCACUUAUUGAUUCUCCUGAUUGCUCUAAAGGACGUGAUUCUAACCAGACUGUUUCUAUAUGUAAUCCUAUCCAUUCUAUUACCAAUCAUUUCUACUCGAAUGCGACUCAAAAUACUGCGGUUAUUUCUAGUACCGAAUAUCUGGAUAAAUGUAUUAAUGAUGAAGUUAUUAUGAUAAAUUCGCCACCCUCGUCUAACAACCUGACUACCAGGAAUACUGCAGCACAGAUGGAGAUUCAUUCAAAUGAAGGUUCUAAAAAAGUAAAGGAGGAAAUUCAUGUUGAUUCAGUCAGUGAUAGAAGAAAAUGGGUUUCUAUGCAUCCAAGACGGCGUCUGUCUAGUCAUCCUGUAGCAACAGAUCAGUGCACUUCUCUCAAUAGUAUUAUUGUCAAUGUCAAUCCCCAAUCUUAUCCAUACUCAGGUCAUACACGCUGUUUACGGGAAUGUAAUAUUUGUCACUGGAGAGGAUCUGAACCUUAUUUGGUGACUUUACCUUCGCAACCUCUGGACACGCUGAAGUUGAAAGAACUCUAUCAGUCGUACUGCUCGUUUUGCUUCAAAGAUUUACCUUGUACUUGUAGUAGACUUUUGUCUCUUUCUUCCGAUUCUCAUGAUUCAUGUGAUAAUGGUUUUCUUAAGAAAACGUGUGAUAAUAAAAAUAUCUGCCUGAUUUGCUCAGAAAAGCUUACGAAAGGCAAUAUUUCCAACGAUACUUUUUUGCCAAACAACUGUUCACAACAGAACAACAAUAUUCAUUCAGGUAUUUCGUCUAAUAAAACUCAAUGCAAUUUUAUUUCAGCUGAUAAAAAUGGUCACCAUAGUAACGUUCUUGCUGAUGGUCCCAAUACAGAACAAAUGGAACUCAAUUUUAAGUACAACCCUCAUACACCCUUUUCUGUGUCUGAGCAGAGUGUCUUUAAGCCAUUAACAGAUUCUCCUGGUCAUUCUAGUACGGUUUCUCUCUCUCAAGGAGUUCGCCGACGUAAACGAUUACCAAGCAGCUGGUCUACUAUUAGUCGAACACUGAUAAAUAACGGAGAUACGUCAGCGAACGUUACUCAUUGUAACAUUCAUCCUAUCCAUAGACAUCAAACUGAAUUGAAUCGGUGUUUAUCGAAUGGAAAUAGCCCACGACACCCCUAUAUUUCAUCUUUGACGACACAAACUAUCAUUCCAGGAAGCCAGUAUGCCAGGACACGACAACAUACUUCCAGCACGUGUGAAAGUACAACGCCUUAUCAUAAGGACUCAGGCAAUUCACAUAGUUCCCCUUGUUCUCCAGCUACAAAUAAACAGGGAAGUAUCAAAUCCCCACUAGUUUCCUUAUCACCUUCUGCUACACCACUUUGGGCGGACGCACCUACUUAUGCUAAACCGAAAACUGGGAAACACUAUGUUUCCAGAGAGGUGAUUCAGGCUCUCUGUAUCGACCAACAACAACAAUUUUCGUCUGUUCCAGAUAAUGUGAAAGGCUUUGGUAACUGUUCUCAGAUGAAUUCGUCAGAAAAUGUAUGUCAUAUUGGGAACCAUUCAAGUGAAUCUGGUAGUACGUUAACAUGCUUAACAGAGGCAUUUGGGGGGAAUGCUGUCUUUAAGUAUAAACAGAAGCCGUCAAACGAUCCUGCUCAAUUUAAGACACCUUUUUAUCCUGAAACAACAAAUGUGUCGGAUUUUAACUUUUUGUUUCAAACUACGUCUAAUCGUGUUGUUGCGUCUCAAAGUGAUAAGUCAUUAAAAAAUUCUAGACCGUAUAUUAAUAUGUUCCCGAAUAACCUCCAUGAUGGGUUACAACCGUUGUCUGAAAAAAAUUCAUCGAUAAUAACUUCAUCUACUUCAACACAGUCUAUUCAGAGUCAUAACGUUGAGAAUAAACAACAAGAUGUUGAUCAAAUAACCAACAAUAUUAGUAAUAACUUCAAGUUACCAAUGGAUACGGAUAUCGUCUUUAAAAAUCCUAAACAUUAUGUGAAUUUAUUAGGUUUACAAAAAAGUGGUUUCACAGUUUUAAAUCACUCAGAUGCAACAGUGUAUUAUAUCAAUUUUUCACCAAAUAAUUCAGGACGUAAAUGUUUUGCAGACCCAAAAUCUGUUCAAUUAACGAUUUCCGAUUCCUCUUUGGUGCCACGUGUUCCAGCCUCACUACCUAUUCUUUCAGGUCCUUUUCUGGACAGACCACCGACUCCACCAAGGCUGACGACAUCUACGAAUAAUAUUACUUCCGAUGGUAAUUCAUCUAUUCCCAAAACACCACAAUUACAUUACGCUCACCUUACACUAUCUGACAAAGUAAAUAGUUCAAUGACAAAUAUGUGUCAACAUAAAACAUCAGAUGAUUUAACGAAUGAUGAUGGUAAUAUUUGUCUUCAGUCAACUCAAUCUUUACAGUGUGCAUUAUCUUCUAAUCCAAAUUGUUCUGAAACUGAGUUCCUGGAUCGUAGCUGUAACCUAGUUGGCAAUAAUUGUCAUGACUGUUCCUCACAAGGAGUAAAUUAUGUAACUAUAGAUAUGAGACAGACUAAAGCACUCUCUGAAUUAGAACAAGAAUUGCGCAUCAGUACUGGAUUAGUACGUAAUGCUGGUUAUCAUAUACCAAGGUCAGAACGUAUCCUUCACAAUCAGAAUCGUGAUAAUGUGAAAACUGGUAAUAAAUUCACAGUGUUACGCAGGCAUUUUACAAUUUCAUGCAACCUCCCCGCUUAUUUUGCCAGAAAAAAAGAUGAUGUAAGUGUGUAGUUUCCAUUUGUUAGGAGGCGAAAUUUUGUCACAAGGUAUCUUUAUGGGAUAUUCUAUUUCAAGAUUUUCUUCCUAAUUAAAAUAUCUAUUGUUGCAGGCGUUGUAGUCUGUGAGCUAAUCUCUAACUGACUGAAAUAAGUAGGCGUAGCAAAACGUUCUUGGGAUCGGUAAACACAAAUCUCGUAUAUCAUAAACUAUUUUCACAAGAAACAAUUUUAGAUCUUCUCAAGUAAUUUAUAAAAUUAUAAUUCUUAAAAGCUAUUAUCUUGGAUCUAACUAUGCCUUCUAAUUCAGUUACAUACUUGGAAAAUUCUUCAUAACACUUUGAUUCCUAUGCUCCUCUGUGUCAUCUGUUUGCUGAAAAUAAGUGUAUCUAUUUCCUAUUAUCACAAACUUUGUGUCGUAAGUUAAAACUUGCAUAUACUCACUAAUCUUUCUGCUGAGUUUCCAAAAUCAACCAUCAGUGUAAAGCAGUUCAUUUAUUACGUUGAAAGUUUUCAUACAAAUAGGCUGAAUAUCAAAACAGCUUGAAAUAAUAAUUGAACUACAUUAAUUUUUAAUGAUUUAUGUCUUAUUGGAUAUGAUAAUAAUCACGGGACGUUAUAUUUCUCCCAUAACAGAAAUAUAUUCUGAACAAACUAGAAACAUCUCUCAUCUACCAGUCUAGUUUUAGAUUUGCUACAAUGACAAUGAUUGACUGGUUAUGAAUAACAUAUUUCCAUUGUUUGACUAUUCUCAAUAGCCACAGCUAGAUAUGAUUAACGAAAGUAAAUUGCAUCUAAGCCAUAUCAUCCAAAGUCUCCAGCCACUGAUCUCAAUUACAAUACGAACCUCUUCCCAAACAGGUUGUCAGAUACAUACAUAAUAAUAAAAUAUGGUUUCUUUUGUUUCAGACGGUUCAUGCAUUAACAAGCUCUCCAACAAAUUCACAAGGAAAGAAACAAAAUCAUGAAAAUAUCACUUCCAUGACCAAUCGAGUAAUAAAGCGUUUAAUCCAUUCCUUUCAUCUCCCACAUCACCAAAAUUGACUGCUCAAAGCCAAAUCAGUUGUUUCUAUUUUUUUUGUAUUUAUCUCUACCCUAUUUUUUACUUAAUUAAAGAAUAGUACUAAAUAACAUCUGCUUUACACAAAGAUUCAUUUAAUAUGAAUAACAAACUGUUUAAUUUGACCAAUAUGUGCACCAUUAUAUUAGUGUUGCAGAAAUAUGUUAUUUUUGUAUUAUAUCAUACAUAUAUGUAUAUUUCUUUAUCAAUCUUUUUUUUAUAAUAAAGUUAUUUUUGUUCUCUUU